CACUUGUCCUCUGGAAAAAGGCUCCGAGGAGCUGCAGGGAAACUAGGAGAGCUUGAUCCAAUCAUCCCUACAUUUUGGUUAUGAUGUCCACUAAGAUGAUUGUGAGAAGCCUCUAUUUCCUUUAUUUUGUGAUUGAAGUUACCAGUCAAAACACAACACAAUCCUGUUCACGGCGAUGUCUGGCUAACAAGAUAAUUAAUCAGCAACUCUAUAGUGCUCCACAGCCUCCUGAUUGUUUCAUAAAUGUGAAUCUCACAACCAUCCAAUAUGAGACCCUCACUUUCAAUUUACAAAAUUUGCAAUUUACUAGUCACAUAAAAAUCUUCAUGAAAUGGAAAGACCCAGAUCUUGCAUCAACAAAUUACAAUUUCACUGAAGUUUUACUUCCAUUCAAUUACAUCUGGCUCCCUAAUCUUACCGUGAACAAUGCCAUUUCAACAGAUGUGCAGCCUCUUGCUAAUGAUAUAUUAGUGUCCCAAGAUGGCACUGUGAGCUAUGCCAUUCAGAUGUACGUCACUGUGGGAUGUGACAUGAACCUCUUCUCCUUUCCCUUUGUUCAGGACACAUGCAUAGUGGCCAUCAAUGGAUGGAAUCGAAGCUCUUGUGGAGUAAAGCUCAAGUACGGCAGGAUAGUCACAGUGAAAGGUCAUCAAGGGGAAUGGCAAACAUUGGACGUGGAACUCCAAGAGGGAGCCAGUAGCUACCUUCAAGUGACUCUGUACCUUAACCCUUUUAAUGCAUUGGUGUCAUUGGUACUGCCCACUGCACUCAUCAUGGUGGUCGACCUGGUGAGCUUCGCUCUUCCUCUGGAUGGUGAACGAAAUGCUUUCAAGAUCAAGUUGGUGUUCAGCUUCGCCAUGUUCCUCCUAAUACUUUCCAAACAACUGCCAGAGGGCGGUCCCUGCAGCCCUCUGAUCUACUAUCAUUUUUGCUUCUGCCUGAUUGUGCUGGUUGUGAGUCUGCUGGUAUCCAUGAUAUUGUCCCAAGUGGCUAGAACUGGUAGCAUAUGGCCUGGGAAGCAACGAAAACAGAAUGGACCAGGAACAUUGGUUCAACAAGACAAUCCAUUUAAUCAAAUUGAGGCUGAAAUCAACAACAGCAAACCAAACUCUGUGGAUCUGGUGACAGAAUUUACAUACAUCCAGAGGAUUUCACGUUUUGUCAGUGACAUGGACAAGGAUAUGAUGGAAAAAAAGAAAAAACAGGACAACGCAAAAUCUUGGGACAAUUUAUGUUUUAUUGUCUAUUUAAUCUUGGAUAUUGUUUACAUGUUAUGUGCAUUUGCUAUCGUCAAGACACAAAAGUGUAGCAAUGACAAUCUGAAUUUCUAAAAAAAUCACUCAACAACUUGGAUUUCUCUGUUACUG